UAAAAACGUCGCGUUGUUCAGCAAACUGAACAUAACCGUUUAAAACCGGUUUUGUGUUUUUGUUUUGUUUGAUUGUUGGCCUGACGUCCGCCGUCGUGGGAAGGAUGGCGCAUGAAUGUGCUGCGUCAGCGGAGGCUCUUGCUUGUGACCCUUUGAGGAUAGUUGUGGUGGGAAAGACGGGCACAGGCAGAAGUUCCUCAGGAAACACCACCCUGGGACGACCCGCCUUCCGGCUGGACGUCUCCCCCUGCUCCAUCACCACUCAGUGCGAGAGACAGACGGAGACGGUGGGUGGGCAGAGCAUCUCUGUGAUUGACACCCCGGGUUUUUUCGACACACGGCUCUCCCCGCAGCAGGUGACCAUGGAGAUGGGACGAUGUGUCGCUCUUUCCUCUCCGGGCCCCCACGCUUUCUUGUUGACCUUUCGGGUAGGAAGGCUCACCCAGGAAGACAGCGACACCCUGGAGUGGGUCAAGGCUACAUUUGGACCGGGCGUGACCAGGUUCAUCAUGGUCCUUUUCACCUGGGGGGACCAGCUAAAGGGCAAACCCAUCGAGGACUUCAUCAAGGAGAGUGAAGAGUUGUCCGCCUUUGUCGCCAGCUGUCAGGGCAGGUGUCAUGUCUUUGACAAUAGCGAAAAACGGGAAAACACAGCAGAGCCAUCACAGCAGGUCAUUCAGCUCCUUGAGAAGAUAGACAAGAUGGUGGCAGAGAAUGGAGGUGGCUAUUAUUGCAAUGAGACCUUCCUGGAAGCUGAGAGGGCAAUUGCUGAGAUACAAGAAAGGGUUUUGAGAGAGAGACGAGAUGGGGUUUUAUCCCAUCAGCGAGAGGAGCAAGGACUGGAGCUUGAGGGAAGAGGAAGGGCGGAGAGCGAGGAGGAGGAGAAGGAGAGGAGAAAGGAGGAAGAAGCUGCCAGAAAGAAGGCAGAAAAGCUUUUCUGGUGUGAGUUGGUGACAGCAGUUGGGAAGGGGGCUGCGGAGGGGGCAGGGCUCAUGGGGAAAGACAAAGGGAAAGGAAAGGCCUUGAAGAAGGUAAAGGUGGUGGAGAAGGCCGCCGCUCUGGCAACUUCACCGCUGUCAAUCACUUCAGCCGCCAAAGCGGUGGGUGGGGCUGUGAGGGAAGGAGGUAAAGUCUUGUACAAACACCGCAAAACUCUACUACACUAAAUGGGGAUAGUAAAAAGACAGGAUAUUGUGAAUUCACUAUAUUACUUAAAGCUGCUAUGAGGAGUUUUUCACAAGUUAUCAGUCUCACGGAAGAUUAGAUAUUACCACAUACUAACUCCUAAUGUUCGUUUCCAAGUUGGACUGCCCACGAAAUCUGUCAAAACAAUUUACGG